AUGAACUUAAAGUGGACAGUGGAAAGAUUUCUUCUUAUGUCAUUUUCCAUCUCCCACCUGCUGCUACUUGAGGGAGCUCAGAGCCGACUUUCACUAUCAACAGGGAAACUACAGAGAAGGGCUAAUGCACUUCGGAGGAAACGGGAUCUCCUCGGGGAGGAGACAUACAGGCCACUGUUGUCAGAGGGAACACUGUCCCGCAGUAUCAUACACAAUUACACAUCCAGAGAUGCUUCUUCAGAAUAUUGUGGUUGUCUCAAUGGAGGCUGGUGUCUGGAGGGCGGUGCGUGUGACUGUGCUCAGUUCCAGGCAAUGGGAGACCGCUGCCAAAUCAUACCAAACCAAGGCCAGGACAGAGACGGAAUCUGCAGGUCGUGGGGUCAGCACCACUAUGAAACAUUUGAUGGGAUUUACUUCUACUUCCCCGGCACCUGCUCUUAUAUCCUGGCCCAAGAUUGCCACUCAGCCACGCCACAGUACACCGUGUGGGUCCAUAACAGCCGAGUGUGCGAGGGGAGUGUGUACUCGUGCCCCAGAGCUCUUAGCCUUUUCUUCCCUAACGAGGAGGAAAUUCACAUCUCUGGUUAUCAAGUCCAUCAAGGUGGUCGUCGGCUCAGUCUGCCUCACACUAUUGGAGGUGUAUUUAUAGAACGCCUGGCUGACUACCUGCUGGUGAAGAGUGUGUUUGGGUUUUCUCUGGCCUGGGAUGGGGAAUCAGGUGUUUACCUAAAAAUGAGUGAGGAUCACCAGGGCGUCCCCUGUGGCUUAUGUGGUAACUUCAACCACCUCUCAGGGGAUGAUCUAACUACUGCCAGAGGAAUCCACACAGAUGAGCCAGCAGUGUUUGCCAACAGCUGGGCUGUUGACUUGCCCCAUGAGCGACAUUGUCCUGCUGUAGAUCUUGACUUCAAUGGACCUUGCCAGUCAGAGUCAGACAUGGACGAUGCCAUAGAGAAAUGUAGUGCACUUCUCUUCUUCCCCUUUCUGUCAUGUCAUCAACACAUUGAUCCGAAUCCAUUUGUGGCCAGUUGUGUCUCUGACCUUUGUGUAUCUGAUGAUGAGGAUACUUUUUGCAAAGCUUUGGUAGAAUACACUCGUGCCUGCUCACAUGUGGGGUAUCCUGUGAGAGAGUGGAGAGACAGCUUUCCAUCGUGCAAUGAUGGCUGUGAGGACAGUUUUGUCUAUAGAGACUGCAUCAGCUGCUGUCCACCCACGUGCACAUUUGAAAAAGAAUGUUUGGGAACAAACUUGCAUUGUCUGGACGGCUGCUACUGUCCUGAUGGCCUUAUCCUACAAAAUGGAACCUGUAUUGCUGUUUCCCAGUGUCCCUGUGUUUACCAUGGCACAUCGUAUGGACAAGGACAUGUUCUGCCACAGGGAUGUAGUGUUUGUGUGUGCAUGGGUGGAGUGUGGAACUGCACAGAGAACAACUGCACUGCCGAGUGUUCAGUCGUGGGGGACGUGUUUGUCACCACCUUUGAUGGGAGGAUGUUCCUUCAGCCAGGGGCAUGCCAGUAUGUCCUUGCAAAAAGUCGCACCAGUAACAAGUUUAUUGUCACACUACAGUAUACUACAUGUGCCGAGCAUCAGGUAUGUAUUCAGUCAGUGACUCUGGUGUUGGAUGAAGACAUGACACGUCAGAUCACGUUGACCCGGGAAGGGGAAGUAAUCUUUGGAGUGAACCCAGCCCCUGUCCUGCCCUAUGUGGAUGAAACUGUUGAAAUACGAAAGCUCACCACUGUAUUUACUCUACUGAAGACAGACAUUGGUCUGCAAAUUCUCUAUGAUGGUCAAGGGGGCCGGAUCUAUUUGCAGAUUGAAAACUAUUGGCGUGGAUUGACUCUUGGCCUUUGUGGAACCUUUAAUGGAAAUCUACGAGAUGACUUCCUAUCUCCCUCUGGAAUGAUCGAAGGAACCCCUCAGCUUCACAGUAAUGCUUGGAAGGUGUCCUCUGCUUGUAUUGCCCCUGUUAAUAUUCCCAUCAUAGACCCAUGUGAGAUGAACCAGCACAAUGUAUACUAUGCAAACCAAUGUGAGAUUCUAGUGGGGAGUGUAUUUGCUCCAUGCCAUGGCUACAUCAGUCCUAAUGUGUACCAGCAGCAGUGCCGGUACCAGGCAUGUCGCUGUGGAGGAAGCUGCCUAUGCACUGUCCUGGCUCAUUAUGCAUACCUCUGCUCAAAACAUGGAGCGGACAUAAACUUCCGGCCACAUGUGUCUGAGUGUGGCGUGGUGUGUCUUGGAGGGAUGCUGUACCACUCAUGUGUCUCUUCCUGUGGCCGCUCAUGUCGCGCUUUGUUUGGCCCAGAGACCUGUGAUCCGGCCGAGUGUGCAGAGGGCUGUGGUUGUCCUCACAACAGUUAUUACGAUGAUGUGCGCCAGCGCUGUGUGCAGCUGUCUCAGUGUCACUGCUACUCCAUGGGAGGUGUGUCACAGCCAGGAGAGGUGACCUUCAGUGUGUCUGGUCCCUGCCUGUGCAGAAAUGGGAAGAUGGAGUGUGUGCAGGAGGAGCAAGAGUCAGACAGCACAGAAGUUGGAGAGUGUCCAGAGGGUAAGGUGUACCACAGCUGCAACGAGCAGAGAGGAGGGGUGGCCUGCGCUCCAACCUGCCGCAACCUCAUGCUCAAUAUGACCUGCCCUCCAAACACGCCCUGCAUACCGGGAUGUGUCUGCCCUCCUGGGCUGGUCCUGCAUCAUGGAGAGUGCUACUAUCCAGAGAACUGUCCUUGUGCUUGGCUGGGUCUAGAAUACCUUCCUGGAGAGACUGUUGAGACUCCAUGUUACAGAUGUGUGUGUCACCGUGGCUAUUUUAACUGCAGCUAUUCCCCGUGCCCGGCUGUGUGCACUGUCUACAGUGAUCGACACUACCAUACCUUUGACGGACUAGAGUAUGACUACCAUUCAGACUGUCAGGUCUACCUCAUUAAAAGCACAGAAGAAACCGAGGUGUCCAUCAUCGCCCAAAACAAGGACUGUUAUGAGAGCGGCAUUGUGUGCUUGAAAACACUGGUCAUUCAUGUGGGACUUACCCAGAUCUACUUUACGGACAACUCAGGGAACCCUAGUCCGUCCACUGUUAUUGGAAGAGGAUUUGAAUUUGAAUUGUGGAAGGCAGGCUACUACACGGUUGUUCAUUUUGCAAAUCAGGACUUAACCAUCCUCUGGGACCGCAAAACAACUGUCCACAUCCGAGCUGGGCCUCAGUGGAAGGGGCAUCUGAGUGGGAUGUGUGGUAACUUUGACAGUGUGACAGUGAAUGAUAUGACCACCUCGAGCCACAUGGAGGUGAAUAACGCACAGACAUUUGGAGACAGCUGGGCCCUAGGGCAGUGUGAAAGUGACUAUGUACUGGCCCGACCGUGUGAAGGGGACCUGGGCCGACAACCGUAUGCCAAGAGGGAGUGUGCUCUUCUGUACAGCGACGUCUUUGCUCCCUGUCACAAUGUGGUGGAUGUGGCCUGGUUCUACAGAAACUGCCUGACUGACACUUGCAAUUGUAACCGUGGGGGUGACUGUGAGUGUCUGUGCACAUCUAUCGCAGCAUAUGCACAUAAGUGCUGCCAGCAAGGGGUCACCAUACACUGGAGGUCACCCUCUGCCUGCCCCUAUGAUUGUGAAUAUUAUAAUCAGGAGUUAGGUGAUGGCCCCUUCUCCAUAGUGAGUGCUGUGUAUAAUGACACCAUGUUUGGAGUGAAUCGCAGCAGCAGCAGCACUGUCUUCCCCUUGCUCAGAGAGAGAACAGGGCAGAUGCCUGCUCCAGGCUUACUCUUCAACUUCAUGAUCACAGCAGGACUGCAGAAGGAUAAAACAUCACGUGUCCCUGCAGUGUCAUUAGAAUCUGCAGAGCGACCUAACUACUUCCUGGUUGUGUCCAGCCACAGCAGUCUUCACCUAGAGCGCUGGACCAGAGGCCCAGAGUUCAGUCGCAGAGCCACCUUCAUCCAGCACCAGGGCUUAUUCCUGCCUGGGCACAGCUCCUUUGAACUCAUGAGCCAGCCAGGAACCUUUCUGACCCUGACACGAGCAGCCGCACAAGCCCAAAGAUAUGACUCCUCUGAGGGGUUUAAGGCCAGCAGCAGCUUCACACUGAGGGAAAGCAGUUUUGUUAUUCCCUACCGCAUGAUGUGUGAGUGGCGCUACCAGCCCUGUGCCAGUCCAUGUGUCCACACAUGUAGUGAUCCCGAUGCCACACGCUGCCAGUUUUUGCCCCCUGUGGAAGGAUGCUUCCCACGUUGCCCACAGAAUAUGGUUCUUGAUGAGGUGACCAGAAGAUGUGUGUACACAGAGGACUGUGUGAUGCUCCCCCCAACUCCUACUCCUUUUGCGUAUGUGACACGGUCCAACAGAACCACAACCCAACCAACCACUACUACAAUGGUUACCACAACGACAAGGCCUACAACCACCACAACUAUAACCACUACCACCACCACAGAGGCCACUACCACUCCUCUAACCAGCACUGCUGCUCCUACCACCACUACCACUGCUACGACCACAACCGCCUCCACCACUCUCUCUCCUACUACUACCACCACUCCCCUGCCAACUACCCCUACAACCACACUAGCUACAGAGAUGGUCACUACGCCAACUACUUCUUUACCAACUACUUCUUUACCAACUACUAUCACUACCACUCCUGCACUACCACCUACCACUACCACUACUCCUCUUCCAACCACCACACCUGAAGCCACCACUACUGAGAUGAUUAUUACACUGGCUACAACUAUCGCUAUUACUACCACAACAACUGUUCCCACUACUACAACCGAAGCCACAACGCUACCACCCACUACUACUCCUACCAUAACGACUACUGCGUUUAUCACCACUCCAACACUAACCCCAAGCCCAGUGAUAACAACUGAACAGACAACUACAGCUACAACCUCCACUCCCUCGACCACUCCUACAACCAUGCCUCCAACUACCACCAUACAUAGUACACCGGUCUAUACUACUGAGAGCACAACCCUACUGCCAGAGACCACCACCGCAGAGACCACUCCCCCAAUGGAGACGUCAACGAGCACCAUGACAACCACUGCCACACCGCCUACAACCUCUGAGCCCACUACAGAGCCCACUACUGAGCCCUUCACAACAGAAAUAGUCACAAGUCCUACUGUUGUAACAGAAGAAGUGUCCACCAUGACUCCUUUUGUUCUGCCAACCUCUCCUUGUACACCUCCAUAUUCGUACCGCAUCGAUGAGUGUGCCGAGCUCAUCUGUUUCAAUGGAGAGCUACUGCUUCACAACUCGUCUUUGCAUUGCCGCUACAACACCACUCAGCCACAGUGCAACCUGCUGGGUCUGCCUGUCCUCACCAGCUCUGACCCCUGCUGUCCUCAGUGGCAGUGUCCCUGUCGUUGCACUGUGAUGUCAGACCUGCGAGUGAUCACCUUUGAUGGAAAUAAUGUAGCCUUGUAUGAUAAUGGCUCCUAUAUUCUUGUGAAAUUACCGAGAGAAACUAUAAUUGGUACGGUGGAAAAAUGUCCAACAAGUCAGAGUGUCAAUUCCAUCAGACGCUAUGGUCCCACGGGUGCAUCUGGUUUGUGCUUCAAGAAGCUGAAUAUCACCACCUCAUCUUACAGGAUCAUUAUCAACAGAUUAGACCGAAAGGUAACAGUGAACUACCGGCCUGUGAGGCUCCCCUUCUCACGACACUCUCUGUACGUAGAGGACACUGGCAGCAUGUACCUACUCCAUACACCUGGAGGGAUCAGUAUACAGUGGUACCAUAGCACUGGCAUUAUGGUGCUGCAGUACAUGUCUCCCACUAAUGGCUCUGUGCCCACCCGAGGCCUCUGUGGCUGUUGUGAUGGACACCCAGAGGACGACCUAAAGCUGCCAAACGGAACAGUGGUGAGAGAAGUGGGCGACAUGGUGGUGUUCCUGCACGCGUGGAGAGUGCAGACCACAGAUGAGACAGAGCACACACGCAGAGUGGGAGACAACUGCACCAUCGGGGACUGCUCCACCUGUAUCUCCAUGCUACAGCAGAGAACCUUUGUGCCCUGCCACAGCAAGGUUCCUCCGGAGCAGUUCUGUGACAUCAUAUGGGCCGGAGAUUUGCACUACAAGAAUCACCAAUGUGACUUUUUGGCUGCGUAUGUGGCAGUCUGCUAUACUCAUCAAGUGUGCAUCAACUGGAGAAGACCCAACUUUUGCCCGUUGCGGUGUCCCCCUGGAAAAGAGUAUCAGCCCUGUGUGAGCACAUGCACCAGUCGCACGUGUCUGAAUAAGGACUAUUACGAGGAGACCACCUGCUCUUUUAUCCGAGAGGAGUGUGUGUGCCGCCCUGGGACCAUCCUGCAUCGUGCAGACUCUCCCUUCUGUGUUACGGAGGAUCGCUGUGUUUGCACAGAUAAUGAGGGUAACCCGCGGGCCCCAGGCGAAGUGUGGAACGGCUCUGUGCGCGGCUGCUGUCUGUACAAGUGCAUGGAGAACGGCUCAGUGGUCUCUGUGGAACCAGACUGUGACUCUGUGCCCACUCCUCUGUGUGAGAGAGACGGGGAGUAUGUUCUGGAUGUGCUGGAGGAAGGAGCUUGCUGCCCCAAGAAAAUCUGUGAAUGCAAUAUGACCAUUUGUGACAAUGAUGCCCCACCCUGUGACAACGGAAACCGACUGGUGAUGGGUUACAGUGCCACAUCAUGCUGCCCAGAGUACAGAUGUGAGUGUGACCCAAUGGCUUGCCCUCCUGUGUCCUCCCCUGAAUGCAGGGAGGACCAGUUCCUGGUGGAGGUCAGAGGGUCCAGAUCCUGCUGCUAUUCGUACCUGUGUGUGUGUGAGUCAUGCAUUGAGCCUAUUCCAUCCUGUUCCAAUGGAGAAAUUCUGGCAGUGGAUCUGAACACUACUAACAGUUGCUGUCCACGCUAUCACUGUGUGUGUGAUGUGAACCUGUGUACAGAGUCUUCUAUAACCUGUGCUCCAGGACUCUCUCUCAUCACAGCUACAGUCCCAGGACACUGCUGCCCUCAGUAUCACUGUGAAUGCCAAUGUGAUGACAACUUCCUUCCCAGCUGUGAAAUAGGUGAGGUGAGGGUGGAACUUCCAGAAAACAAUGGGGACUGUGACUGCCCUCAACAUGCAUGCCGGAAAGCAGAUGUGUGCUUGUUCCAGGGGGUGACUGUUUUGGGGCCUGGCCAGUCUCUAGUGCAAUAUUUUGAGGGAGAGAUGUGCUACACUGUGCACUGUCUGCACCGUAAGGACCCUGACACAGGCUUUUAUGCUAUGGAGAUCAGCUCAGUCAACUGCUCUCAGAAAUGUGGACCUCAUCAGAUCUAUGUACCAUCCACAGAUCCUCAAGUCUGCUGCGGUUCAUGUAAAAACAUCUCCUGCACUUUUACCAAUGAAAACGGGACCACAGAGCUUUUUGCUGCAGGGAGUUCGUGGGUAGAGAACUGCACACGCUUUGACUGUAUGGAAACAAGUGUAGGGGCAGUGGUCCUGGCCUCAGGGGUCAUAUGUCCUCCGUUCAAUGACACAGAAUGUGUUCAGAACGGUGGUGUGGUGCAGAGCUACGUGGAUGGAUGCUGCAGGACGUGUAAAGAAGAUGGGAAAACCUGCAAACGUGUGGCUAUAAGAACCACCAUAAGAAAAGAUGACUGCAGGAGCAAUGCACCGGUGACUGUCUAUUCCUGUGAUGGUAAAUGCCCCUCUGCGACCAUUUUCAACUUCAAUAUCAACAGUCAUGCUCGCUUCUGUAAAUGUUGCCGGGAGAGCGGACUACAAACACGCUCCGUCACACUCUACUGCUCCCGAAACGCCACUGUUGUGGAAUACACCUUCCAGGAGCCUCUGGACUGCUCAUGUCAGUGGAACUAAAACACAUCACAGCAUGUGUGUAAAGAGUGCCACAUUUAAACCACUAAUGGACUGGCCCAGCCACAGUAGUGUUGUACUGUAUGUCACAUGUCCUCUGCACUGUAGUCAACAGUAGCCCAGCCCGUACUGGCCUCUUGGCUCCCUAGUCCUUUUGGUAGUGCUACACUGUCAUUAGAUCAUGUGUAUUAUCAUUUAAUGCAACCAGUGUUUUAUUUUUAUAUCUAUUUUUAUA